AUGGUUUUCAUCAUUCACUUACACAUUGCAGCAGCUGGUGAGGCUGGAUGUCUGACCAGUUAUUGUUCCACCCUGGUGGUCUUCCUCUUUUCCACCAGAGUCCCUGUGGAAAGACCAGGUUCCCCUGGACUGGACUGUGUGUCCAUGAAGAGUGACAGGUCAAAAGGUCAACACAUCAAUUUUAGAAAAGGACACGCCCCUCAUAAAAAGAAGCUGGUGCACAUCAUUUCUUCUGCCUCAGAGGAGGAUACAGAUGAGGACAUUGUGACACGUGAUGAUAAUUCAGACCAGGCUUCGGACCAUCGGAAAAAGCUGAGAAGAGAAGCCUCUCCUGUGUCCAUGAGGAGCCACAAGUCCAGGGAUCAACCUCCGGUAUUUAAAGAUGGACGCCGUUCUGCUGAUCAAAGAGUCCCUGUGGAAAGACCAGGUUCCCCUGGACUGGGCUGUGUGUCCAUGAAGAGUGACAGGUCAAAAGGUCAACACAUCAAUUUUAGAAAAGGACACGCCCUUCAUAAAAAGAAGAAAAAGCUGAGAAGAGAAGCCUCUCCUGUGUCCACGAGGAGCCACAAGUCCAGGGAUCAACCUCCGGUAUUUAAAGAUGGACGCCGUUCUGCUGAUCAAAGGUGA